AUGAUAUAUAAAAUAUAUAUAACAACGUAUGUAUGAAUAUACGCCGGCAGAACCGAUAGACAGCAAAGGCCCAAUAGACCCCGAAAGUUACCUAAUUCUAUGCCCCAUAUUACUUGUGUAUAGACUGCAGAGUGUAGACCCUUCAUACAAUCGCUGGCUACAGCUUGAAUACAAUUUACUAUUUCUUCUCGUUAAGUAUGAGUAGACGAAUUGCUGCUUUUGCAGCCAUCGGUGUAGUAGGAACAUGCGUGGGGGCCUACGUCUUGCAAUCAACCCAGCAAUCAUCACCUAGUGAGCCCAAGAAGAAGGGUUUGCCUGUAUCUCAAUUACCCAGUGAUAUGUCCAAGUACGAUCCAGAUGAUCCCAUGGUACAACUAGCACUCAAGCUAAGGGAAGAGGGUGCAGUAUUAUAUACAACCGAUUGGUGUGGCCCGUGUAAAAGACAAAAAGAUGCGUUUGGCGAUGCUCAGGACCUGCUGCCGCAGGUGGACUGCUCGCGCAUGGACGGUCGACGUGGCUUCAAACCUGAGUGUCUGAAGCUCGGUAUUAGAACAGUACCCUCAUGGAAACGAUCAGACGGCUCCUUCAUUCCCGGAGAUCCGAAUCUAAACAAACUGCAAAAGAAUAUGCUCAGCUCGUCUACCAAUUUCCAAUUACAUUAAAAUUAGUAUAUUCAA